ACUAAGCCGCGUGUUUGAUAGGAGGUGUCCGCAUUGUUAUCGUCCUACGGCUAGGUAUCUCGCGCUCAUACCACUUUACUUAUCGCACUGCCUCAUCCCGAGUAUAUAAGCCCAUCCCCUUCAUCUCGCUGCAAUUCCAUCCCACCAACCAACAUGGCGAGUUCUACUGAAUCCGACUUUAAAACCCCCAAUGGAGUCGAAAAGACUCUCAGUCCGAACGGGGCUGUUGAUGUCGACUAUGGCGCCACCUCCGAUCUGCAUCGCACGCUUAGCACGCGGCACAUGACCAUGAUUGCGCUGGGUUCCUCGAUUGGGAUGGGAUUAUGGCUGGGCAGUGGUACUUCGCUCGCAAGUGGUGGUCCGGCUUCUAUAUUCAUCGGGUAUAUUCUGUCAGGAACGAUGGUGUGGGCUGUCAGUCACUCCAUCGGAGAGAUGGCGGUCAUGUAUCCUCUGCCGUCUGCGUUUGUGCAAUGGACGACGAUCUUUGUUGAUCCUUCGGCUGGGUUUGCAUUAGGUUGGGCAUAUUGGUUCAUGGGGUGGAUUACUGUUGCCAACGAGCUGCAGGGUGUGGUGACUGUCCUCGGCUUCUGGACCGACAAAGUGCCAACUGCUGCGUGGAUUAGUAUCUUCUGGGUCGUCAUCAUCUUUGUCAACGUCUUUGCCGUCAAGUUCUUUGGCGAAGUUGAAGUCGUCUCAUCGACGAUCAAAUUCACCUGGAUCAUUGUCGUCAUCAUCUCGCUAAUUGUCAUCUCUGCUGGCGGUGGCCCUGUAGGAGGCCCUAUUGGCUUCCGAUACUGGAAUGCAGAGCCCUUCAUCAACGGCUUCAAAGGCUUCCUCUCCGUCAUGCCCACCUGUAUCUUUGCCAUGUCCGGCUCUGAAUACUGCGGUAUGGUGGCUGCUGAAACGUCGAACCCGCGCAAGGCUGUUCCCAAAGCUGUUGGCUCCAUCUGGAUGCGUCUGUCUCUGUUCUAUGUGAUCGGAUCGCUCAUGAUCACCAUUGCUGUGUCUCCCAACGACCACAAUCUGUUCGGUGGCUCUGGAAGUAAUGCGUCGCCGUUUGUCAUUGCCUAUCGCAAUGCUGGCAUUCCUGCUCUGGCACACAUCAUGAAUGCUGUCAUCUUCAUCUCUGUCAUUUCCUCGGGCAGUGUCUCUGCCUAUGCUGGAUCGCGCAAUCUAAUGGGCCUGGCGCAUCUCAAAAUGGCUCCAUCUUUCUUCGGCAAAGCGGACAAACAAGGCCGCCCCAUCGCCAGUCUCACCGCAACCCUCCUCGUCGGCGGCGGCCUGGCCUAUCUCAACGUGAACAACAGCGGCGCUGAAGUCUUCACCUGGCUAUCCAACCUCACCUCCCUCUUCACCCUGUUCGGCUGGGGCAUGAUUUCCCUCUCGCACAUCCGCAUGCGAUACGCCUGGAAAGCACAAGGGCGGUCCGUGUCCGACCUACCCUGGAAAUCAUGGACGUACCCAUACGCCGCGAUCUGGUCACUGUUCUGGUGCAUCCUGCUGAUUAUUAUCGAGUUUUAUCUGAGCGUGUGGCCGUUGCACGAGGCGUCGUCGGCGAAGACCUUUUUCGCGAAUUACGUUAGUGUUGUGGCGAUUCUGGUCGUCUAUGCUGGGGCUAGGAUAUAUUAUCGCGGAGCGUGGUGGGUGGACGCCAGCACGAUCGAUCUUGAUGCCCAACGGCGCUUCUACGUGGAUAACGACGAAGAGGCCAAGGGCGGGAGUGGUGUCAAGGGGUAUUUGAAGAAGAGCCUCGGUGCGCUGACGGACUGAUGUGUUUAUAUAUUGUAUUAUCGAAUAUAUAUCUAUUAUUGUUUAUUGUUAUCGGUUCCCUUCCACCGAACGGACCAAACGUCCGAGAUCAGAUGCUGAUCGACAGUCACUUGCCUCGUUCCGAGAGACAUUCCUCCGAGA